UUCUUUUUUUUUUCUCCCAUUUGCAAAAAGAAUAUAAAGUUCCAAAUAAACGGUAUCUCCCCUCGUUUAUCUCUUUUCAUAUAUAUUUAUAUACAUGGUUAAAUUUAUCUUAUUAUUAAGUGCACUUAUCACAGCUGUUGUAGCUAAAUUGACUUAUCCUACGGAUGGAACAGUUUGGAAAGUCGGAGAGCCGGUCUCUGUGACAUUUGCACCCGGACAACCCGCAGAGACUGUCAACAUGUACUUUAGUCAUGAUCGAAGUAUUGUUAUAGGCUCAGGACCAAUUAGCGAAGGUGGAUCUUUUGAAUUUAUUGUGCCUCCCAAUGCAGUCAAUCCCGCUGGCGGUCCUGCUGAACUUGUCGUUAUACAUCGUGUCGAUCUUCAUCUCUACUCUGUAGAUACAAUCGCUAUCCAAAUCGAAGGAUAA